UCUCUCUCUCUCUCUCUCGCUCUUUUUUUUUUCGUUUUUGGUUUAUUUAUUUAAUUUGAUCUUAUCAAAGUCUAGCAUGUAAUGUUUAUCUUCAACCCCUUUUUAUUUUUCUUCUCCAAACUUACCACUACUACUUCUUCUUUGAUUUUCAUACCAUCUUGUUUUGUUACUCACCGCAUCAGCUUUAGCCAUGGAGUUAGAUUAUUAUGAGAAAAUAGUUUUUAACAAAAGAAGAAGAAAGGUUGAAGAUGAUCUUCCACAAACAACAACUGGGAUGGAAGCUCUGCCACGCGAUGUUGUUCUUGACAUACUUUCCAGGCUACCAAUUACAUCUUUGGUACAAUUCAAGUAUGUCUGCAAAGGUUGGCGUGCCUUGGUUCAAGAUCCUCUUAUUGCGAACCUUCAACUUGCAACCAAACCUCAUGAUGCAACCAACAAUCCAUGUCUCAUCCUUCACUGUGACUUUCCCAUCAGGAACCAACUUUACUUCAUAGAUUUUUUCUCUCACAAAGACGAUGAAAAAGACAAGGUAAGAAAAUUUCAUAUGCCUUUCCAAGCUAAGAUGCCUGAGUUUGAUGUAGUUGGUUCAUGUAAUGGCUUACUUGCUUUGUCUGAUUCAUUAUACAAUGAUGCACUCUAUAUAUAUAAUCCCUUCACCAGGGAUUAUAUUGAGUUGCCUAAAUCUCUGCAAUACCCUGAUCAAGAAGUUGUGUUUGGAUUUGGAUUCCAUCCUGUGACUAAACAAUAUAAGGUGAUUAAAAUAGUUUAUUAUAGAAAAAGCUAUAGUAGUAGCAACUACCAUCAACGUGCCCGGAGAAUCAUUUAUCCAAGAUCAGAUGUUCAAGUUUAUACUCUAGGCAGCCCCGCCUGGAGGAGUCUUGGAAAGUUAUCAUAUCAGUUUGUGAGGCGGCCGUCCGAGGCUUUGGUGAACGGGAGACUUCAUUGGGUUACUAGACCUCGUAGAUAUAGCCCUGCUCGUCGGAUAGUCUCAUUUGACUUGGCUGAUGAGCAGUUCCGGGAGGUUCCCAAACCUGAUUGCGGUGGUCUCAAUAGGUGUAACUAUCACCUCGCGGUUCUUAAAGGGUGUCUCUCUGCAGCAGUUUAUGGAAAUUAUGGGAAAUUGGAGAUCUGGGUUAUGAAAGAGUAUAAUAAGAAUGAGUCCUGGAUUAAGGAGUUUAAUAUUGGAGCUUACAUCCCAAAGGGACUCAAACAAAAUCUUGAUAGACCUUUCAAGAUUUGGAAGAAUCCUUCCAAUGGAAGAGUUGUAAGAGUUCUGUGUCUUUUAUACAAUGGGCAGAUCUUGUUGGAGUAUAAGAGCAGAGUUCUUGUUUCUUAUGAUCCAAAGAGCGGAAAAUUUAAGGAUCUCAUGUUUCAGAGUCUACCAAAUUGGUUUCAAACCAUUGUUCAUCAAGGAAGCUUCAACUGGAUCGAUACGCCGCUUGAUAUUUAAAGUGCAGAAACAAAGAAAGUUCUAGUGCUUCUUUUCCAGUGAGUUUAUACCUUACUGAAACAAAAUUCUGUUUUCGUGUUUGUUGUAUUUUCUUAUAACAAAUUGUGACUUGCUUUUAAUCUUCAUUGUCAGUUAUGAUAUACACAUGGUUAAUGUUCAUAAA